AUGAGGCCGCUCACAGACACAGAGACGAAAACGCUCUUCACCAAGCUUUCGCACUACAUCGGAUCCAACAUCGUUCACUUGGUGGAUAAGCCUGAUGACCCGCAUGUAUUCAGGUUGCACAGGGAUAGGGUGUAUUACGCUAGCGAGGUGAGUUGGGCGAGUUCCAAUCGAUGGAGAACACAGCCGAAGCCUUGCAAGCCUGCGUGGUGGGGAUCUGAUCGAAGGGAGGAGAAGUUCAGCUGGAAAGAACACUGGGUCAAGUGAUGUCGAGCGCUCUCGUCCGAAACCCUUACAUGGGAUUCAUCACUUUGCGCUACUUAUUGCGACGGACAGGCUUGCAUGAAAGCGGCUACCUCUAUCGCUAGACCCAAUUUGAUAUCUCUAGGCACUUGCUUUGGCAAGUUCAGCAAGACUGGCAAGUUCAGACUGCAUAUCACCGCUCUGGAUCAUCUCACUCAGUACGCCAAGUACAAGGUGAGCUUUCCAUGUGCGAGGUUCUGGCGGAGGACUAAUAGUGGCUCACAUGCGUUCACAUGGUUGGGAUGUUGCAGGUGUGGAUCAAACCGAACGGAGAGCUGCCGUUCCUUUACGGAAAUCAUGUGGUCAAGGCGCACUUGGGUAGAAUCACGGAUGAUACACCCGAGCAUGCAGGAGUUGUAGUGCUGAGCAUGAGCGGGAUGGCGUUGGUGAGUGUUUUGUGCGCAACAAGAUGCGAAAGUCGGCUGUAUGCAUCUUCGCCUGGCGUAGGAACCAAGACUGAUCCGCUUUCAUCUCAUCCCCACUCAGGGCUUUGGAGUGACGGCCAGAUCGACGCUCGACACGCGCAAGAUGGAUCCUACCAGUAUCAUCGUUUUCCACCAAUCGUAAGUUUCGCUCUGCCGGCGCAGCUUCCACGCGCUGGCUCCUCUCCCUUACAGAUGGGCGCUGACACGCUCGCUUAUGGUUGCCACUGCAAUCAGCGAUUCUGGUGAAUAUCUUCGAGAUGAAGAUACGCUCUUCUAG